CUGGAGGGGAAUUACAAAAAGGGGGGUAAAACUUCUGCAGCGUCUCUUUGAGAAGAACCUCUCCAAGGUGCUGAAAUCUUGCUUUUCCCCCUCCACAAUCAUGCGUCAUGUGACUCCAGCCAGCUCUGCCUAGCUCAGCACCAAGCCUGCUGCUUUCUGGAGAUUUCACGUGAGAAACGGACCUCAAACCCUGCUUUUCCUCUCAUCUUGCGUCUGUUUUUUUUUCCCCCGUCCCUCUUUCCCUCCCUGUUUUAUUAGUUUUUAUUUUUAUUGGAGUUGUUGCGACCCACACGAUCGGAUAAUGAGGACCUUAGACGCGCUCGGAGUAUGACAAAAAAGCUUUUUAAGGAUGCAGGACUGGUGUUUGUGGCUCCGCAACUCUGUGUUUUAGUCAGAAUGCCAGCGCGCUGAAUGCGUCGGACCGAGCUGGACGAGCCUGCAGCCCGAGGUCCGCAUUGAGGACAAGUCGACACCUCGUCUUUUGUUUGUUUGUUUGUUUCUUUGACUCGGAGGAGGAUGUAACCAGCAGCCGCCCGAGCCUGUCUUCCUCCAACAUGCAGAAGGGAAUACGACUCAAUGAUGGUCAUGUCACCUAUCUGGGGCUUUUGGCGAAGAAGGACGGCACGAGACGAGGGUGCCUGAGCAAGAAGAGCUCCGACAACACGAAAUGGCACACCAAGUGGUUCACUCUGCUGCAGAACAUGCUCUUUUAUUUCGAGAACGAGUCCAGCUCGCGACCCUCGGGAUUGUACUUGUUGGAGGGGUGCAUCUGCGACAGGGCGCCUUCACCCAAACCUUCACAGUCAGCCAAAGAGUGCUUGGAGAAGCAGUAUUAUUUCACUGUCAGCUUCACCCAUGAAAACCAAAAGGCUCUGGAGUUGCGCACAGAAGAUGUAAAAGACUGCGAUGAAUGGGUGGCUGCAAUAUCACACGCCAGUUACAGAAACUUGGCUACGGAGCAUGAGACUCUCAUGCAGAAGUAUCUUCAUCUGCUUCAGAUUGUGGAGACRGAGAAAACAGUUGCUAAGCAACUUCGACAACAGAUAGAAGAUGGCGAAAUAGAGAUUGAAAGACUGAAGUCAGAGAUCGYCGGACUGCUCAAAGACAACGAGAAGAUCCACGCCAGCCCAGCAGCCGCCCCRACUGAGGACGACUCGGAAAUCAAGAAGAUCAAAAAGGUCCAAAGUUUUCUGCGAGGCUGGAUCUGCAGGAGGAAGUGGAAGACCAUCAUCCAGGACUACAUCCGCUCGCCUCACGCGGAGAGCAUGAGGAAGAGGAACCAGGUGGUGUUCAGCAUGUUGGACUCGGAGGCAGAGUACGUUCAGCAGCUUCACAUUCUGGUCAACAACUUCCUGAGGCCGCUCCGCAUGGCUGCCAGCUCCAAGAAGCCGCCCAUCACCCACGAUGACGUCAGCAGCAUAUUCCUCAACAGUGAAACUAUUAUGUUCCUACAUCAGAUAUUCUACCAGGGUCUGAAAGCCAGAAUAGCAAGUUGGCCAACAUUAGUACUGGCUGACCUCUUCGACAUCCUGCUGCCCAUGCUGAACAUCUACCAGGAGUUUGUGAGGAACCACCAGUACAGCCUGCAGAUCUUGGCUCACUGUAAGCAGAACAGGGAUUUUGACAAGCUGCUGAAGCAAUAUGAGGCCAAGCCCGACUGUGAGGAAAGAACUCUGGAGACCUUUCUCACCUACCCCAUGUUCCAGAUUCCUCGAUACAUUCUUACACUCCAUGAGCUUCUGGCCCACACACCUCAUGAACAUAUAGAGAGAAACAGCUUGGAUUACGCCAAAUCUAAGCUGGAGGAGCUUUCAAGAAUAAUGCAUGAUGAGGUGAGCGAAACUGAAAACAUCAGGAAGAACCUGGCGAUUGAGCGCAUGAUCAUCGAGGGCUGCGAAGUGCUCCUUGACACCAGCCAGACGUUUGUAAGACAAGGGUCUCUCAUUCAGGUGCCAAUGAGCGAGAAGGGCAAAAUCACCCGUGGGCGACUGGGCUCUCUGUCUCUAAAGAAGGAAGGGGAGAGGCAGUGCUUCCUCUUCUCUAAGCAUUUAAUCAUUUGCACUCGGGGUUCUGGAGGAAAGCUUCAUCUCACGAAGAAUGGAGUUGUCUCGCUAAUAGACUGCACUCUGAUGGAGGACCCUGAGGGAACAGAUGAUGAAUCUAAGUCAGACAAGAGUGGCCAGGACAUGGAGCACCUGGACUUCAAGAUCGUCGUGGAGCCAAAGGACAGCCAGUCAUUCACCAUCAUCCUGGUGGCCUCCUCCAGGCAGGAGAAGUCUGCCUGGACCAGUGACAUCAGCCAGUGCAUAGACAACAUCCGCUGCAAUGGCCUCAUGAUGAACGCCUUUGAGGACAACUCCAAAGUCACAGUGCCACAGAUGAUCAAAUCAGAUUCAAGUCUGUACUGCGAUGAUGUGGACAUCCGCUUCAGUAAGAUGAUGAAUUCCUGCAAAGUGCUGCAGAUCCGCUACGCCAGCGUCGAACGUCUGCUGGAGAGGCUGACCGACCUCCGUUUCCUCUCCAUCGACUUCCUCAACACCUUCCUCCACUCCUACCGUGUGUUCACCACAGCUGACGUGGUGCUGGAUAAACUCAUCACUAUCUACAAGAAGCCCAUCAGUGCUAUCCCUGCUCGGUCCCUGGAGCUGUUCUUCGCCAGCAGUCAGAACAGUAAACUCCUAUACGGGGAGCCUCCCAGCUCUCCCAGGGCUAGCCGAAAGUUUUCCUCCCCUCCUCCUCUGGCCAUCGCCAAGAACUCAUCCCCCAACCGCCGCCGCAAGCUCUCCCUCAACAUCCCCAUCAUCACUGGGGGCAAAGCUCUUGACCUGGCUGCCCUCAGCUGCUCCUCGAAUGGCUAUGCAAGCAUGUACUCCUCCAUGUCCCCGUUCAGCAAGACCACGUUGGACAUCAACAAGCUCUACGUGUCCAGCCCCAUCGCUAGCAAGAUCUCUGAUGAGGGCGAGGACAAAAAGGACAAGGUGGAGGAGACCUCCRUGUGCAAACAAGAUCUCUCCGUGAGAGAAGAAAGCGACAAUGAUCAAAACCAGAGCGAUGAAGGCGAGCCAGAAUCGUCUCCUACCAAGUCUCCAACCACGCCGAAAAACGUCAAAUGCAAAAACUCCUCAGAGUUUUCUUUGUUUUCCUACAACAACGGCAUGGUCAUGUCCUCGUGUCGAGAGCUCGACAACAACCGCAGCGCCCUGUCCGCUGCCUCCGCCUUCGCCAUCGCUACAGCUGGAGCCAACGAGGGAACGCCAACCAAGGAGAAAUAUAGACGGAUGUCCCUAGCCAGCACAGGUUUUCCAACAGAUCAGAGAAAUGGAGACAAAGAGUUUGUGAUCAGACGAGCAGCGACCAACAGAGUCCUGAAUGUGCUGAGGCACUGGGUGUCCAAACACUCACCGGACUUUGAGAGCAACAAUGAGCUGAAGACAAAAGUUAUUGCCUUCCUGGAGGAAGUGAUGCACGACCCCGAGCUGCUGACGCAGGAGAGAAAAGCAGCAGCGAACAUCAUCAGGACUUUAACUCAGGAAGAUCACGGUGACAACCAGAUCACCAUAGAAGAUGUAACACAACUGACUGGAGCGGGGAAGGCUGAGUCGUUCGAGAACCACUCUGCCUUGGAAAUCGCAGAGCAGCUGACUUUGCUGGACCACCUGGUGUUUAAAGUCAUCCCAUACGAGGAAUUCUUUGGUCAAGGCUGGAUGAAAAACGACAAAAAUGAGAAAACACCGUACAUCAUGAGGACAACUAAGCAUUUCAAUGAUGUCAGCAACCUGAUCGCCACAGAGAUCCUUCGUUGCGACGACACGGCCACUCGGGUGACAGUCAUAGAGAAGUGGGUCGCCGUGGCUGACAUCUGCCGCUGUUUGCACAACUACAACGCCGUGCUGGAAAUCACCUCCUCUCUAAACCGCAGCUCGGUUUUCCGCCUCAAGAAGACCUGGCUCAAGAUUUCCAAGCAGACAAGAGCAUUAAUUGACAAGCUGCAAAAGCUGGUGUCUUCAGAGGGGAGGUUCAAAAACCUUCGAGAGGCUUUGAAAAAUUGCGACCCCCCCUGUGUGCCGUAUUUGGGGAUGUACCUCACGGACCUGGCUUUCAUUGAGGAGGGAACGCCAAACUACACCGAAGACAACUUGGUUAACUUCUCAAAGAUGAGGAUGAUUUCGCACAUCAUCAGAGAAAUCAGGCAGUUUCAACAAACAGCGUAUAAGAUUGACCUGCAACCAAAGGUAGCACAGUAUUUACUAGACAUGAGUUUUGUUCUCGAUGAGGAAAGCUUGUACGAAGCCUCGCUCAGAAUCGAGCCCAAAGUGUCCAACUGAUGGGGAAGGUGGUGCUCCACACUUUGUUUUCUCUGUUAAUAUAACACAUAAGUUGACAUACACAUUGACCAUUGUAUAGCUGUAUAUGUUUAAGAUAUUUGCUCUUCUGUACAGUAGAUGUUUAAAGUUGUUUGAUGACACAAAACAUUUCUGCAUUUUCUUUCAUUUUUUUGUCAUGAUGACACCUGCUUUAAAGGCUUUCUUUUUUUUUUUUGUUUGAGUAAUCAAGAAUAAUAAUAGAGGUCACUGUAGUUGCAUGCAACUGUGUCUUCUUGGUGACCAAUGACAUUAUUUUGCAUCAUAUGAAACUGUUGAAUUUGCACUUUUUGAGCACUGAUGCUGCUGGCCAUUGUUCUCUAGUUUUGAGUUUUAUUGAUCAUUGACAUUCUCUGCAACCAAUGUAGCACUGUAUAAAUGAACUGCAUAAUCAGGUAAAAGAGCCCAGAGGACGUAGGUUUAUUUAUUUUUUUUAUAUAUGUAUUUUUUUGUUUUUAAAGAGAAAGCAAUGAUCAGUAGAAAUGAAAGCAAGAUAUCCAAAGCAAAAGUGUCUCUGUGCUUCCCAGACCAAAAAUAGGAGGUAUUUAUUUCUUCAUUUCUGCUCAUUACUCUAAAGACAAGGGUCCAGUUUUGAACUAGUCACCAAGCAGGUGUAAAACUAGACAGAAAGCAAAGUGUUGUGUCAUGAUGUGGUUAUUUGAAAAUUGCAUACCUGUUUCUCUUCAGCUCUACUGAACUGAACAGAGAUGUACAGUAUUGCUUUGUCCCAUUUCUCUAAACUUACUGAAUUCGUUGUCAAUGAAAAAAGGUUGUUUUCUUCUGUACAAUAUUUUUUAGUGUUUAUAACACAAGCAGUGAUCGUAUUAUCACCAGCAAACACCACAACAGAGGUUCUGCUUAUAUCUGGGAGUCCAGCUCUGAGUGUACAGAAACAACAGAGGAGGACCAAGCACAAAGCYCUGAGGGACCCCAGUGCUGAAAGACUUGAGGGUUUGUACCUCCCCUGUAUGAACUAUCAAUGGUCUGUUUGUGACACAGUUUGAGGCUGUGAUACUGAAGCCAAGAGAUAUCACUUUUUUCAGAAAUUAGAAUUUAGAGAAAGAUAAGACUUUAAUCAAAAACCAAAUCUUACAAAAUGUAACUGGAAAUGAUGAAUUGGCUUCACAAAUUAACAUUCUUUAAAUUCUUUCUUUUGUGAAAAGGUGCUUUACAAAAUCACARACCUUAUUUUGCAAUACUCCCACAUUAUUCUGAAUUAAAAAUUGUUGUUGAGACAGACACACAGUGACACAGUUUAUUUUGGUAUUCAGUAAAAAUGUUCUAAUCCCAGCACCUGAGGGUAAAUGCUGGUACUACGGCACAGAUUGCUUGAAAUUCCUUUUUCUUUAAAACAUAAAAAAGACAAAUAUUGUACCUUAAAGUCCGGGUUCUAUUUCUGUAGAGUAAAAAGAUUUGUUGCUCUUCUGUAAUUAAAAGACAAUCCGUCCUUCUUGCUGUUCCAGUGGUUGUGGAACGUGACUGUAUAUCACUCUGUUAUAUGCAUUGCUGUUAAAAACUAUGAUAAAUUGUAUGUGAAUGACCUCUGCCUGCAGCAUCCAAACACUAUUUUUGUAGUAGUAUAAGAGGCAGUGACCUGCUCUUUAUAUGAACAUGAGAAAGUAUUUUGUACUUUGUUGUUAAAUCACUUCACUGAGAUGUGCUGUACAUUUUGUACAUGCAAUCUGACAUAUUUCUCAACGUGGAUCAGUGUAAUCCUUAAAAAAAKAUGUAUCUUAAGCUUAAUACAAAAUGCUACAACAGUGUGGUGUUGAUACCAUGACUUAGAGGUAGGACACAACUUCAAAGUGUUUUGCAUUUAUACUGUAAUCCUGUUUAUAAUCAUUUCUGUUAGCAGGAAUAUAGUAAUGUAGUGAUUAUUCUGUGAAUAUUUGUAUGUAUUUUUACUAUGUAUGUACAGUACACUUUUAAGGCUAAUGUAGUAGGCAUGCAACACCUUCACAGACAGAAUAAACUAUUUACUUAUACUGUAUACACUUAUACAUGCACAUAAUCUUAUAAGGUAUUUAAACAAAUAAACAUUUUUGCUGUUAGCAAUACCCAGUGGUAUGAAAAUUAUCUUUCAACCCUCUUGUUUCCACAACUACAGAGAUAUUCCCAGUUUUGUAAGAAACAAAGAAAAGAACAAAAUAAAAGAUAUGAAGUUGAAAAUGACAAAUAAACAAAAAAGAAACAUGUUUCCCAAUUACCUCUUGCUAAUAAAUCCAUUUUAUCUCAGGAG